AUGAGCUCUUCAACACCGAUCCACGAACCCACGCACCGCAAGCGCGAGCUGCCCCAGAGCGAGCUUGAGGCCACCUCCCAGCUCAAGCUCGGUGAAUUCCAGAAUGUGCCGACACUGUCUCUUUCGGAGGCACGAUUGGUUAUCAACAAGGUGCUCGAUCUGCGGAGAAAGGGAGAGAACAAGUUCGAAGAGCGGGAAACCCUGAUCAAGACACAAGACUACCUCGAGGUAUUCGCCAGGUUCAAGGAGAAGGAAAACAUCGAGGCUGUUGAACGGCUGCUAUCUGCGCACACAGAGCUAGAGUUCUUUGAGCGGUCACAGCUAGGGAGUCUGUGCUGUGAUAAUGCCGAGGAAGCAAAGUCCCUCAUCCCUAGUAUUGGAAACAAGAUCUCGGAUGCCGACCUGCAGGAACUUCUCGACGAACUCACCAAGCUAAGGAACUUCGUCGAGUGA